AUGAGAAGAGGUGGAAAUGAGGGCGAGUUUUCCCUCCCAUCUGUGACAUCAUAUGAUGCAGGGACCUACCGAUGCCUCUACAGACAUUCAUCCUACAGGUGGUCAGAGCGCAGUGACCCCCUGGAGCUGGUGGUGACAGGCCUCUCUGCCCCACCCUCCCUGGCAGCCCUGCCCAGCUCUGAGGUGGCCUCAGGACAGAGCGUGACCCUGCAGUGCCGGUCGGAGCUAUAUUAUGACAUGUUCGCCCUGUGCAAGGACGGAGAAGAGAUCAGCCGAGGCAGGACCCGGAGCCAUGGAUGGGGGCGUCAGGCUGACUUCUUCUUCCCUGCUUUGACUCUGACCCAGGAUGGCACUUACCGAUGCUUCGGCUUUCAUAGUUCUUCCCCCUCUCUGUGGUCCUCCCCCAGCGCCCCCCUGCUGCUCCGGGUUUCAGGUCACUCCAGCCUCCAAGCAGGCAUCCUGGUGGGCAUCUCAGCCUUCCUCAUCCUGACCUUCCUCCUCCUCUCUCUCCUUUACCUUCACUGCCAUUGUUAUCAGCCCAGACUGGGGAAAGGGAACAAAGACACAGACAUCAAGACCACCAGGAGAUCAGAACAAGUAGGGACCAACCUAGAGGAGACUGUGUAUGCUGCUGUGAAUGAUGACACACAGACAGAGGAGGCCAGACAAGAGGGCACAGCUGCUCUCCAAAGAGAGGCCCCUCAGGAAGUGACCUACGCCCAGCUGGACCACAAAAGCCUCAAGAGUGGGGCUGAGCCUCUUCCCCAAUCUGGCCCAGUGGAGUCCAGUGUAUAUGCUGUCCUCCAGUGAGCUUCAGCCAAGCCUGGGGGACCAGAGGAAGAAGAUGCUCCUUCAUACAUUCUCCCUCUGCUUCCUGAGGGCAGACCCUGUCCUACCUCAUCCCCAAGACACCCUGCCAUUAGCAUCUCGGCUUGUCACCCCAAGAGGAAAAGCAGAAAUACAAGGCUCCCCUUUACCAUCUGAGUGAGUUCUGAGCAGGGUUCCAGGAAGAGAGAAGUUUAACAUGUCAGGAAGGACUUUCAAAUGAGCCUCCUCCUUCCCACCCAGCUUUACUGUCUGUUUCUUUAUCUCUGUAAUGUGUCAUGGAAAUCACUUAAAAGACUGAUAUAUAUUAAUUUAAGGUCGCCAAGGAAUUCAGCUAUGUAAUUCCUAAAUGAAACCCAAGUCAGCAGUCAACCUUUUAUGGAGUUUUUAAUUACAAACAGGAGGAAGAAAGGUAUGAGAGAGAGAGAGAGAGAGAGAGAGAGAGAGAGAGAGAGAGAGAGAGAGAGAGAGAGAGAGAGAGAGAGAGAGAGAGAAAGGGGAGAGAAGGGAAUAGGGCUUAAAUACCCCCUCUGCUUAGGCUGGGCCAAAGGCCCAAGCCCUUAGAUAGCUGAGGCAAAGAAAAGAGAUCAGUCCCUAUCACUCACGUGACCAAAAUGGAGAAACAGUCUCAGGGGCCUCCACCUCCAGCUUCCUUCAGAGCAAACCCUCCUCUCAGACCUCUCCAGGAGCUCUCCCUCCAGGACCUCUCUCCUCUCAGACUCCUUCAGAGCAAAACCUCUCAGAGCAAAACCUCCUCAGAGCAAAACCUCCUCCUCCUCCUCCUCAGACCCGGCUAUCUUUAAGGAAACCAUCUAAGUUCCCUCCCCUCAGUUCUCACAUCUACCAAUCACUGUAGAUGUCUCCCCUGUGCUAAUGUGGCUCUAGCUUAACCCAGGACCGCCCAGAGGUCUGGGCUUUGCACAUGUCUGUUGGAGGUCAUAUUCUCAAAUAAUUAAAUUUUGAUCUAUGUUGCAGUCCUUCCUAAAUCCUGUUAGGACUGAGAGGGGUGGAGAUUGUAUUUUCCAAGACCUGGUUCUGUCAUUCCAAGUAUCUCUAUUGUAUCAAUUCUAAAAUCAAUCAUGACUCAAAGAGCUUCCUGUUCUAUGCUUAAGCAUAGGUCAAAGCCCUUUCCAUUGUUCAGCAAAAGGUUUCUGUCCUAAAGUAGUCUUAAGUAGGGAGGAGAAGGACCCUCCCAUGCCAAGGGUUUUCACAUUCCAAUAGAGUUCUUACUAUCAGUAGGAAAUUUUUCAAGUAUGAAAUUUCCCAAUGGGGAAAUUUCCAACAUUCAUAAGUCUAAGAAAUUUUAAGGUUUACAGUAAUUGGAUUGUAUCUUCUGUUAAACCUUUUGGGACUUCCUUUGGAGGACACCCUGAAACCCCCAAUGAUGUGUUAACCUAUAAUAAACGGGUCAGGGACAAGCUGAUCUCGGUCACUCUUGUCUCCCUGACUGACU